CAUUUCCUGUAUUUUUGUUUUAAUAUUGACAUGGCGGCUGCGAAUUCGUACGUGCAAGAUGAUACUGGUACUUAUAUACCUGCAACGCAAAGACCAGAUGGGACGUGGAGAAAAGCAAGAAGAGUAAAAGAUGGGUAUAUUCCUCAAGAUGAAAUGCCAUUAUAUGAAAGCAAAGGAAAACAAUGGGCAAAAAAUAGACCUACACUACCUAUUGGAUUGGAUCCCAGCUAUGCCACUCCUGUUAGUGUAAAAAGUAGCAUGAAAAAAAUUCCAGGACUAUCUGAAACUGUUAGUGAAACUGUUCCUAAAUCUAAGAAGAAAAAGAAAAAGAAGAGUGAUAGCCAAAAAGUGGAUAAUGCUUGUAAUCAGAUGGAAAAUUUGGACAUUUCUUCUAAAGCCUUAAAUAAUGCCAGUAAUGUAACUCCAAGUAAUCCAGUAAAAGGCUCCCAACCAAUUACAACAGACCCUGCAAAAAGAAUCAGAAAUUUAAAGAAAAAGUUAAGAGACAUAAAUGCUUUGAAACAGAAAAUUGAAUCAGGAGAACUAGCAAAUCCUGAAAAAGAUCAGCUUGAGAAAAUAGCACGUAAAGAAGAAAUUGAAGCAGAAAUAGAAGACUUGGAGUUAGAGUUGGAAAAUGUAUAGCUGAAGUUAUCAAUUUUUUUAGUGACUGUGGUUAAAUUUUAUUUGUAUCAACCGAGGUUUUUGAAAAACUGGAAAGUCUUUUUUAAAGAUAUCAUUACUUUCUUCAUAUUUCAAAAGCAAAAUGUGCCAUUGAAAACAUUUCUUCUAAUUACAGCUCAGCAUAUUUCUUUUGCUAGGACAUUAAAUUUUUUUAAGGAAAAUAAUGUAUUAGUCUCCUGAAUUGUGAAUUUUAUAUUAUCAUUGAAACUUUUCCAGCUCUU